UUAAAUGUCUUCCUCAUCAAUUUUUUAUAUUAAAUGAGUCAUUGAUCAUAAAAAUCUGUUCCCGCUCUAUCCCGAACGGUUCUUGGAACGAUGAGCAGCAGUCCUUCGUACACCGCCAUUCCAUCCCAACUCCAACAAUAUCCUAAUCCGCCAUCUUCAAUCCCACUUUCAAACCCAACAAAACUCAACUUCCCCCGAUCUCCCAAUUCCUCACAUCGCAAUAUCUCCUCCAAAUUCCCCGCCAAUUCUAUUGACCCCAUUGUUCUAUGGACCUCUUCUCUUGCUCGCUACUGCCGAAACGGCCAAUUAUCCGAAGCCGCCACAGAGUUUACACGCAUGAGACUCGCCGGAGUUGAGCCGAAUCACGUCACAUUCAUUACCCUUCUCUCCGGGUGUACUGAUUUUCCUUCAGAAAGCCUCUUCUUCGGCUCUUCUCUUCAUGGCUACGCCCGUAAACUUGGUUUGGAUACAGGGCAUGUAAUGGUGGGGACUGCUCUUGUUGAUAUGUAUGCCAAAUGUGCUCAAUCGCGUCUUGCUAGGAAGGUUUUUGAUUACCUGGGUAUGAAAAAUUCUGUCACUUGGAACACGAUGCUCGAUGGUUACACGAGGAAUGGAGAAAUUGAGUUGGCCAUUGACCUGUUUGAUGAAAUGCCUACAAGAGAUGCGAUUUCUUGGACGGCUUUGAUUAACGGUCUUUUGAAACAGGGGUUCUCUGAACAAGCAUUGGAGUGCUUCCAUCAGAUGCAAUGUUCAGGUAUCGAGCCUGAUUAUGUGUCUAUAAUUGCUGUUCUUGCUGCGUGUGCUGAUUUAGGCGCACUUACUUUGGGGUUGUGGGUUAAUCGGUUUGUUAUGCAGCAGGAGUUUAAGGAUAAUAUUAGGAUAAGUAAUUCUUUGGUAGAUAUGUAUUCUCGAUGUGGAUGUAUUGAGUUUGCCCGCCAAGUGUUUGAGAAAAUGCCCAAGCGAACUUUGGUAUCUUGGAACUCUAUCAUUGUGGGGUUUGCAGUUAAUGGAUUUGCAGAUGAAUCUCUGGAGUUUUUUGAUGCAAUGCAAAACGAAGGAUUCAAACCAGAUGGAGUUAGCUACACGGGAGCUCUUACUGCGUGUAGUCAUGCUGGUUUAGUGAACAAAGGUCUAGAAUUAUUCGAUAACAUGAAGAGGAUACACAAAAUUACUCCCAGGAUUGAGCAUUAUGGAUGUAUUGUCGACCUCUAUGGUCGUGCAGGGAGGCUAGAGGAUGCAUUGAAUGUGAUCGAGGAAAUGCCCAUGAAACCGAAUGAAGUCGUGCUGGGAUCGUUGCUAGCGGCUUGCAGGACUUAUGGUGAUGUGAGUCUGGCUGAAAAGUUAAUGAAACAUCUCUCUAAGUUAGAUCCACGGGGCGAUUCGAAUUAUGUGCUCCUUUCAAACAUAUAUGCAGCAAUUGGGAGGUGGGAAGGUGCUAACAAGGUCAGGCGUACAAUGAAAGCCCGAGGUGUGCAGAAAAAACCAGGUUGUAGUUCUGUUGAGAUUGAUGGUAAGGUUCAUGAGUUUGUUGCUGGUGAUAAAUACCAUGCUGAUGCAGACAAUAUUUACUCAAUGUUAGAGUUGUUGUUUCAUGAACUGAAGAUAUAUGGUUAUGUUCCUGAUACGAAUAUCAUUCUGAAUACCAAAGAAUUUAGUAAAGACCAUUGAAGCUUAUUCGAUCUAGUAA